AAUCAGCUACAUGUAGGGGCGGUGUGGAUGUGCGCAAGGGGUGACUAGCUAUCUGAAAAUGGCAUUUCUCGACAUUCGGCUGAAGAAAGUCAAUAAGAUAUACUACGAGGGGGAUGUGCUAGCAGGAUUAGUGGUUGUACAAAGUAAGUCGGAUGUCCAGCAUCAGGGCAUCACGCUGGUGGUGGAUGGCUCGGUCAACCUACAGCUGAGCUCGAAGAACGUUGGGCUGUUUGAGGCUUUCUACAACUCAAUCAAGCCCAUACAGCUCCUGAAUUACGUGGUUAGCGUCGCCAAACCGGGCAAGAUUCCAGCCGGAAAGACAGAGAUCCCAUUUGAGCUUCCCCUGAAGCCCAAGGCCAAUAAGACCCUGUACGAGACCUACCAUGGAGUGUUUGUCAACAUUCAGUACACCAUCAAGGGGGAGCUGAAGCGCCCUCUAUUGGCCAAGGACCUGACCAAGUCCAUUGAGUUCAUCGUAGAGUACAAGGACCCGAAGGAGAAGGCGCAGCCUAAGCCGGUGCCGUUUGCCAUCACGCCCGAGUCCUUACAGAACAUCAAAGAUAAAGGUGGCCUGCCCCGCUUCAGCAUUAAGGGUAAGCUAGACUCAGCCAUCUGCUGCAUUAAGAACCCCCUGACCGGUACGGUGGUCAUCGAGUACUGCGACGCACCCAUCAAGUCAGUGGAGAUACAGCUGGUACGAGUAGAGACAUGUGGGUGUGCAGAGGGCUACGCUAGGGAUGCAACGGAGAUCCAGAACAUCCAGAUCGGCGAGGGCGAUGUUUGUCGAGGGAUCACUAUCCCGAUGUACAUGGUCUUCCCCCGGCUCUUCACUUGCCCAACGCUAGCCACGAGUAACUUCAAAGUCGAAUUUGAAAUCAACCUGGUCAUCGUCCUGCAAGAUGACCACCUGAUCACAGAGAACUUCCCUGUCAAGCUAACUCGCUUCUAGCCUCUGAUGACUUACAAGUGUGGCUGUGGCUAGAAAUAAUGUAUGCACCUAUGGGAAGCCACUACCUUACGGCUGCGGCUCGUUGCCAUAGAGGCAUAUGAUACUGUCAGCCACAGCUAGUUGGUUUUGACAAAGCCUGAAUUCUGUCCAGCACCUGCAUACAUAGGGGGCCUGCUACAUGGGUGUUGCCAGGAUUUUAUUGGGGGGAGCCACAUUUUUUGGGGAGGAGAGAUUUCUUGGGGAAUUGAAAGCACUCAUUAGUUACUGAAUAAUAAACGACUGUGGGAUAGGCAUUAAUUUCAAGUUUUUUUUUUUCAAGCAAAUUAAUGAUUUCAAUUUCUUCUCUCUCUUUUCAUGUCUUUCUCCCCCCUUUGUUUCCCUUUGUGUUUUCCACUGUUUAAGUCGUCUGGGGAUGGGGGUGUAACUGCCUCCCUUGGGUCCUCUCGUGAUGCCCUCAUGAGACUACGGGGGCAUACUUGAGCAGGCAAGGAAAGAGGGGGUUUGUAAUAGAUUUUACACAACACCUGAAUACCUUACUAUUGCACACGUAAAUCCUUUCUUAAAUACAGGCCUUGUCUUGGAUUGGUCAUUGGGAGGAUGAUAUGAAUUCUGACUAAAUGUCACCUAAAAAAACAAUCAGGACAACAGAAACUGUACUUGGUGCCCGAUAGCGCUGUUGACGGGGGAAUAACCCAUUGAGACAAAACAAUUCCAAGGCACUUGGGCCCCGCAGGCACAUUUCCAAAUGAAACCAUCCAUGUGUCUUAAGAGCGAGCAUCAUUUUGAAAUUCUGUGCAGCUACAGUCGUGGUUGCACCUUCUUUAUGGUAUCUUUGUUAUAAACAAGAAUAAACUCGAACUUAAAACUAAGGAGCAAUAUACCUACCAGUCCAAUUGCACCGAUGGAAAUUUGUCCCAAACCGAUGUAUGAUGACGUUCUUAUCGACGCUCUGUGGUUUGUAGCUUUGCCCUUGUGGUGUAAAGUGACUCAUUCUUGUGGCGUUGCAACAAUUGAAGAACAGCAACUUCUAAUGUAUAUAUUAAUUUAAAAUGUAUUUUUAUAUUUACAGAUUGUGGAACUAAUGUUGUGUUGGUCAAGAUUUAUAAGUACAACAAUUGAUUUCUGUGCAUCUUUGGCCUUGCCAAAAUGGCUGGUCGACGUUGACAUGUUCAUGUGGAACGGGUCUUAUCACAUGUGGCAAUUUCUUGCAAGGAUAUUGCGGUUUAAUGACAUUCUUAAUUUCAAAUUAUCAAAUUUCCAAUAUUACCGAAGUUUGUUCGUACAGUUUUAUCGCUCACUGGAAAUAAAGAGAAAGAUACACUCGAA